AUUGGAAAAGAAGUGAGAUAUGGAAGUAAGAGAGAAAAAGUUCGUAGAUUUUGAUAGUUUUCCAGGUGGAGAAUGAGCAGGAAAUGUAGCAUUUUCAAGGCUUUGGAAGCAAUAGUAAGGAAAUCACAAGAAGCUGUAAAGAAAUUUAAAAACAGUUUAUUCCUCACAAUGUCUGUAGCCCAUGUUGAUGAUGAUGAGCCUGGCGCCGGUGGCCUCCACCAUGUGGAGAAAGUCCUACCUACGGGUGACUUCUACACCGGCCAAUGGUAUGAUAAUCUCCCACAAGGCCAAGGGAAGUACCUUUGGACUGAUGGGUGCAUGUAUGUUGGCGAAUGGCACAAGGGUAAGACUACGGGAAAAGGUAGGUUCAGCUGGCCUUCAGGUGCCACCUAUGAAGGUGAAUUCAAGACAGGGUACAUGGAUGGUAAAGGGACUUAUACAGGUUCUGCAGGGGAUACUUAUAAAGGUUCUUGGGUUAUGAACUUGAAACAUGGACAGGGGACUAAGAGCUAUUGCAAUGGGGAUUACUAUGAAGGCGAAUGGCGUAGGGGAUUACAGGAUGGACAUGGAAGGUAUCAAUGGAAGAAUGGGAAUCACUACAUUGGCCAAUGGAGGAAUGCAGCUAUCAAUGGGAAUGGGACUAUGAUUUGGAACAAUGGGAAUAGGUAUGAUGGGUUCUGGGAAGAUGGUUUGCCAAAAGGGAAUGGCACUUACAGAUGGGUAGAUGGGAGUUUCUAUGUGGGUGUUUGGAGCAAAGAUCCAAAAGAGAUGAAUGGGACUUAUUACCCAUCUGCUUCUCCCACCGGAAAUUUGGAUUGGGAUCCUCAGCAGAUGUUCAUGGUGGAAUUGAGGGACUGCAAGAUUUGUCCUGGUGAGAGAAUUUCAGUCUUUCCAUCUCAAAAGAUGCCAAAUUGGGCCGGAAUGGAACAAGGAAUGGCUAAGAAAGAUGUUGGGAGGAUUAAAAGAUUGUCAGCUGAUACUGGCCGGAUAAGUAACUACAAUUGGGGGUCCGAUGCCAUUGAUUUUUCUGCAGCCGGUGAAGGGGAUUUGAGAGAUGGAGAUGAUGGCUUAGGAAAUGUACAAUUUGAAGAAACUGAGAGAGGGUGUUGGCCACUGUUUAAAGCGCCACCCAAAAAGCAGGGGGAGACCAUAUCAAAGGGUCACAAAAACUAUGAACUCAUGCUCAACUUACAAUUGGGUAUCAGACAUUCUGUUGGAAGGCCAGGUCCUGCAGUAUCCAUUGAUCUAAAGCCUUCUGCUUUUGACCCAAAAGAAAAAGUAUGGACCAAAUUCCCCCCUGAAGGAUCCAAGCACACUCCUCCCCAUCAAUCAUGUGAUUUCAGAUGGAAGGAUUACUGCCCACUUGUUUUUAGGACCCUUAGGAAAUUGUUCAAUGUAGAUGCAGCUGAUUACAUGAUUUCAAUAUGUGGCAAUGAUGCUCUUCGAGAACUGUCAUCCCCUGGAAAAAGUGGCAGCUUUUUUUACUUGACAAAUGAUGAUCGAUACAUGAUCAAGACAAUGAAGAAGGCAGAAGUUAAGGUCCUUAUAAGGAUGCUUCCUGCUUAUUAUAAUCAUGUCAGGUCCUUCGAGAACACUCUUGUCACCAAAUUUUAUGGACUUCAUUGUGUAAAAUUAACAGGACCAGCGCAGAAGAAGGUCCGAUUUGUUAUAAUGGGUAAUCUCUUCUGUACUGAUUAUGCCAUCCAUAGGCGGUUCGACUUGAAAGGUUCCUCCCAUGGCCGUACAACUGCUAAGCCUGAGUCUGAAAUCGACCCAACAACAACCCUCAAAGACCUUGAUUUGAAUUACUUUUUCCGUUUAUCCAAAGUAUGGUUCCCUGAGUUUUGCAGACAAGUCGACCGGGAUUGUGACUUUCUUGAGCAGGAGAGGAUCAUGGACUACAGUCUUCUAGUUGGUCUUCACUUCCGGGGAGUUGCAGGCCGGGAUUGUACACCACCUCGAACCUCUGGAGUUCGGACUCCUACUGGAAAUGGAGAUCCCCAUAAUAACGGAGCUCCUCGUCUUUCUAGAGUUGAAAAGGAUCGUCUUUCUAGAGCUGAAAUGGAUCAACUUCUUCUUGACCCCUCCAGGUGGGCUUCCGUUAGAUUAGGUAUAAACAUGCCUGCCAGGGUUGAAAAAGCAGCGAGAAAAGGUGAUUGUGAAACUCAGCUCAUCGGGGAACCAACCGGAGAAUUAUGCGACGUUAUCCUCUUCUUUGGUAUAAUAGACAUACUACAGGAUUAUGACAUUAGCAAGAAGCUUGAGCAUGCCUAUAAAUCAAUGCAAUAUGAUCCAACCUCCAUCUCCGCCGUUGAUCCAAAGCAAUACUCGAAACGUUUCCGGGAUUUCAUCUUCAGAGUUUUUGUAGAAGACACUUGAAAAUUCAUACUUCUAUUGCUGUACAAUAUGAUCUUACCGGAGAUGAGAGUGCUAAGGGAAAAGGGUCAUUGUUUUUGGCAACCAGCGACAUAGUUUUGUAAAUCAGGAUAGCUUUCUCAAUCCAUUCUUGAUUCUUCAUCUAAACUAAGUUACAGUUGCAAAGAUACGAUUUUUUUAGGUGUAGGUUAGAGUGGACAAGUAGAGUUACCGAAGCCAGCUUCAAGUGUAAAUGCA